AUUUAAUUUAGAAUGUUGUUUAAAACUUUUAGACAUGAUUAGCAUUUUGUUCGAUAUAAAUCAUUUUAACAACACACAGUUUGGUCUUACCAUGAAUUCCUUCGUUGUUACAGUCACAAAAUUAACUUAGACUCAUUUAGUGUAAUAUAAUCUGUGGGUGAAUCUAAUUUAGUGCCUCAAGUAUUACUAUUUUGAAGAGUUUUGAGUACUCAAAGGGUUUGUGUACCUGCAACAGCAAGUCAGCAGCCAUUGGCUACCUCAGCAAACCAUCUCCAGCGACAUCUCAUCCCCGUUCCUGCAACAGCACCUCCAACAAGGGUGAAGACUCCUUUAAGUAUUUCCAGAGGACUGAACAGUAAAGCUUCUGCUCGCUUCACACUAGUGUACUGCUAUGGCGGCCAAUGCUCUUUUCUCUCAAUUGCCCUCUAUUGAAUCAACAAGGGACCCAUCAUCGCUCUCAUCAGCUUCCUCUUUCUAUCCCUCCGGUCAAUCUCUCCAACUCACUGGCGUUUCCCCGGUUAGCUUUCCAUCAAUUCGUCAACGAGUCUUCUGCCAAGCCAACUUUUCUGCUAUUUCUUCACCUUCGUCUUCAGUGAACUGGAAAGCUAAUUCAGGUCUGAAAGAUUUUCUACACAUUAAUGAUUUUGAGAAAGCCACAAUUUUGAAUAUUUUGGAACGGGCAAAAGAGAUCAAGGCACUGAUAAAAUCAGGGGAGAGGACAUAUCUUCCAUUUAAGGGUAAAACAAUGGCUAUGAUUUUUGCCAAGCCAUCCAUGAGGACAAGAGUUUCAUUUGAGACAGGGUUUAAUUUGCUUGGUGGUCAUGCUGUAUACUUGGGACCAGAUGAUAUCCAGAUGGGUAAGCGGGAGGAAACCCGUGAUGUUGCUCGUGUUCUGUCUGGCUAUAAUGAUGUCAUUAUGGCUCGUGUGUUUGCUCAUCAGGAUAUUCUUGAUCUGGCUAAGUAUGCAACUGUUCCGGUUAUCAAUGGCCUGACAGAUUAUAAUCAUCCUUGUCAAAUUAUGGCUGAUGCACUGACCAUUAUUGAGCACAUCGGUCAGCUGGAAGGGACUAAGGUUGUUUAUGUUGGAGACGGAAACAACAUUGUGCAUUCUUGGCUGUUGUUGGCAUCAAUUGUUCCUUUUCAUUUUGUCUGUGCCUGCCCUAAAGGUUUUGAACCAGAUCAGGAGACAGUUAAGAAAGCACAACAGACUGGAGUCAGCAAGAUUGAGAUAAUUCAUGAUCCCAAAGAAGCUGUUAUAGGAGCUGAUGUUGUGUAUUCAGACGUUUGGGCUAGCAUGGGUCAAAAAGAAGAAGCUGCAUAUCGCCAUCAAGUAUUUCAAGGAUUCCAGGUGGAUGAGGAACUGAUGAAAGUAGCUGGGCCAAAAGCUUAUUUUAUGCAUUGUUUACCGGCAGAAAGAGGUGUAGAGGUCACGGAUGGUGUUAUUGAAGCUCCGAACUCCAUUGUCUUCCCCCAAGCUGAGAACCGGAUGCAUGCACAAAAUGCCAUCAUGCUUCAUGUGCUUGGAGUAUGAACUUUUUUCUUAGUUAAGGGACUUCAAUUGAUCCAUAUCAUUUAGUCGACCCUUUUUCCUGGUUCUUUCUUGGUGCAAUUGGAAAACUUAGCCAUGAUGAGUUAGGGUGGUCAUCUGCAGUUAGAGAUUUUAGCUAACAAUCGUGACACUUUUUCUUUUUUUCCUGGUUAAACUUUUCUGUAACCAUAUUUUGUUGCUUGGAUGAUGAAAUUUAGGGAUCUUCCGAUGUUGAUUGUUGA